GAGCUUGGCACCGAGAUGAUCAUCACCAAGACCGGGAGGCGGAUGUUCCCGACGUGCCGGGUGACCUUCAACGGACUGAGGCCCGAGGGCCGGUACUCCGUGGCGAUGGACAUAGUGCCGGUCGACGAGAAGCGCUACCGGUACGCUUACCACCGCAGCUGCUGGCUCGUGGCCGGCAAGGCCGACCCACCGGCCCCGGCGAGGCUCUACGUGCACCCCGACUCGCCCUUCACCGGCGAACAGCUCAGGAAACAGAUCGUCUCCUUCGAGAAGGUCAAACUCACCAACAACGACAUGGACAAGCAGGGACACUUGGUGCUGAACUCGAUGCACAAGUACCAGCCACGUAUCCACUUGAUAAAGCGACCGGACAGCGGCGGCGGUGGAAGCAACUGCGAUCCCAUAGAGCAUCUGGAGCACGAGCCGCACAAGACCUUUAUAUUCCCUGAGGCCAUAUUCACCGCUGUCACCGCCUAUCAGAACCAGCUCAUCACCAAACUCAAGAUAGACUGCAAUCCUUUCGCCAAAGGCUUUCGGGACUCGUCCAGGCUCACUGAUUUCGAGAGUUACCCUUACAGAGAGACGAUGGAGUCCAUGCUGAACGAGCAGCACACGCUGAGGUUCCCGCACCGGUUCCCCUUCGAGAUGGACCAGCUGCAGUCCAGCGCGGCAACGGGCAACCUCAGCCUCGAGGAGAAGGCCAUGUGGGCCGCCCGGUCGCAGAUCAUCCUCCGGGCAGCGGCAGCCGCCGCGGUCGGUCCCUACGCCCAGCUGGUCAGCCCCGCCCUGGUCUACCCCGGGGUCGCCGCCGCGGCGGGCUCGAGCCACCAACAAGCCGCCGCCCACCAGCAACAGGCAGCCGCCGCGGCCGCUGCCGCCCAACAACAGCAGCAACUGUGGUGGGCCUCCAGCCUCGGGCCGACGCUCUUCGCUGCGGCCCACCACCAGCAGCAACAACUCGCGGCCAGCGCCGCCCAACAGCAGAGCCCCGCUGGUGGCCCGGCGGCGCCCCGGCCCGUCUACCCCUCGGCCCUGAGGGACUUGGCCCACCACAGGUUCUCGCCGUACUCGAGGACGCCGCUCAAGUCCUCGACGCAGAUCGGCUCGACGCGCUCCUCGCCCUCGAGGCGGACCACGCCCUCGCCCACGGAUAGUUUGGGCAGGGAGGCCCAGGACCUCUCGCCCUCGUAG